AUUAUUCCGUAGCCGGGGCGCGCGGGCGGCCAUCAAGGCCUCUUCAGGUCAACGUGAUCCAAUCUGCCGUAUAAAACGCCCCUCUCGACGAUCCUUCGAGCACUGUUGUACUUCUCGUCGCCCCGUUGUCGUUGUUCCUCCAUUAUGGAUGCCGUAUUCGUGUUACUGUUUUCCAUGAUCGCAUCGAUCUCUUGUCAAUCCCCUAAUAGUCAAUACCAAUCACCCCAACAAGCUGCAAUUUUGAGCGAUGCGAGAUAUUUGGCUGGGGAUGGAACUUUCGGCGCCGCCUAUUCGCAAGAGGAUGGCGUCGAGUUCAAGGAGGAAAGCGAUGUUUACGGAAAUCGUCGUGGCUCUUACUCCUACGUGGAUCCUACCGGUCAAAGACGCACGGUGACAUAUACGGCUGGUAAAAAUGGCUUCCAGGCGACAGGCGACGGCAUUCCCGUCCCACCCCCGCAAGCCCCGCCACAGCCAGAGUACGUGCCUCUGCCGCAAUACAACCCACCCGAUUAUCAACCACCGCGUUACACUCCAUCCUCUCAACAAUAUCAACAACGAAGUCAACCAGUGUACGAAGUGCAACCAGAACCUCAGCCUCAACCUCAAUUUCAACCUCGACCAGCUUAUCAACCCCAACCGCAACAGUAUCAACCAAGGCCUCCUCAACCACCACCGGAAAUCCAAUCUAUUCCUUCGUACAAUCCUCAACCGCAAUAUCAACCCCCUCCUAGACCAUUGCCACAAUACAACGCGAUAACCACGCCACCCCCACGAAGGUUUUAUCCACCUGGAAAGCUGAACUUCAACAGGACUCCGGAUGGUUACUCUUACACGUUUAGCAAGAGCUAAGUAGAAUGUGAUUGGGAGGGAGGAGGAGGAAGAGAGAAAAUAAGGAUUGUUUUUUUUGUAGGAUUUUAAAAAGAAAAAAUUCUGUAAAUUUUAUUAUGUGCAUUAGAGAGAUUAUUUUUGGAAAAUUUAUUUUUAAAUUUGAGAGAAAAUCGAUUAGUGAUUUCGUAAUUUUCUUUUUCUUUUUGGAUGUAGAUUAAUAUUGGUUAUUUUGAAAUUAUUUUUUGGAUAUGAUGAGUGGAAGAUGAAUAAUUGGAUUAUAAUUCAAAAAUUUGUUGAUUCGUGAAUUUUUUUUUCAUAAGAAUUUAUCAAAAUUAAUAAAGCAUAAAAUCGACGUGAGAAAUUGUUAUGUGUAUUAUAAUGUAAAUUUUUGGUAUAUUGUAUCAUAGCAAUUUGUUGUAAUUUAUUUUGAAGAAAAACUAACCUUCUUAUUAAAUACUUCUUAGAAUACUCGUUAAUUUACUUGUAUAUUUCGAAUUAUUUAUUUAAAAGUUAAACUUUCUAAAAAAAAUUAUAAUUUAUUAAAUCGAAUCAUUUACGAGAAACGAAAGUUUCAAACAGUUUACUAUUACUCGUUGAUAACGAAAUUUACAUAUUGCGUUUAAUAACGGAAAUGAACAAAAACGUAAAUAAGAUACCCGAUCAUGCAUUUAUAAUUAAGAGAUUGUAAGUGACGAGAACCUUGUCCAUGAUCUUACUACAAGAUUUCUCACAUAAAACUAAUUGAACUUCCUCUGAAGUGCAUAAAUUUUACAUAAAUUACCAAGAGAGAUAACCGACGAAUAAAUUAAUGGAUUUAUCUUACCAAUUGGAAAGAUUCUUUCGUCCAUUUGCAUUAUCUUUAAUUAUGAGAGCAAUUACAUGCAAAUAUGUUAAAAUUUAUAGAAUCGAUUGGAUCAACUUCUGUUCAUUUAUUUCGCUUAAAUAAUUCGAAAAUAUUCCACCCGAUAUUUUAAUUAUAAACCAGAUUUCCAAUGCAAAACCUUACAGUUUCGUUUCUCUCUUAGUAUUCGCUAACAGUACUAAAAUAGUAUCCCUUUUUUUAUCAAUAAUUUCAUCACAAAAUAAUAAUUAAAUUUUCUACAAUUCUAUAACGUAAAACAAAAUUUCUUGUUAAAAUAAAUUUCUAACAUUCCCUGAAAUUUUGACCCAAUCAAUAUCGAUGAAUGAUAUCUUAAUAAUUAUUAUUAAGAUAUAUAAGAAAAAACCGAAAUUCAAUCGAAAUUCUUUUUUUCUUUUUUUUUUUAAUCGGCUCUGUUGGCGUCGACGCCCUGCGUUUUGCAUAGCAAUUUCCUUUACAAAUGCGAACACUAUCCCGCGCACUUCGGGGUCACGUUACUUUCAUUUAGCCUUUGGCGUGCUCCGAUGUUAUUGCAAGCAAGCUAAGGAGGAUCCCACGAUCCGUGAGGGAGGAUACGUGAUCGUUUAGGCGUGAUCCAUGCCCUACUGCAAAUACUGCCUCGAACAUGUAAGUCAUCUCCUUCUGAAACAAGUUACACGAUACGUUACAGGAAUUUUUAUCGUUUCACUUGUCUAUGUAUCUAUCGCGAUAUAACCAUAAACGUAUCUAUUCUUAUAUUAUUUUUGCGUUUCGAAACGAAUUUGUACAGAUCUCAUCCCUAAUAUUUGUAUCCGACCCACAAUUGCUAGUGCUAGUUAAUUAAAAAAAAAACGUCGUAAUAAAUAAAACACAAUUUGUAUUUAAUUAUCAAAUUAUAAAAUUCGAAUAAAUAUCGAAUAUUACUUAUGCCACCACCAAAAUAUUAUAAUUAACGAUUUUUCAUUAUCCAUAUACAUUUUUGUUUCGCCAAUUUUUAAAAUUGUACGUCUACAAAGAGAACUUGUGGAAGAAAAGAAAUAAAAAUCCAGGAUGUUAACAAUC